UUUCUAGGGUUCCGCCCAUUAGCAAAGGACUUUCGCGAAUGUUUCAAAACUGACGAACAUGUGUUUGGCUACAGCUUUCUAAAAAGCAGUUUUAGGUUGAUAUGAUAAUCUAAUUUUAAAGCUUGCUUCUCAGUUACGUGUUUUAACUACUGCAUGUUACUUCGACACACUUAAAAGUCUUGAAAAGGAAAGACGUUUUGGUUAAAAAAAAAUGAGUACAAGUAAAAUGGACGGUGCAGAAUCUGGAUGGACCGUUGCAAACCUCCUGAAGCUUGUUGAGCGUAUUAGGAGCAACACCCCAGAAAGUGAGAAAACGACGAGUUGUCAGAUUGCAGUAUUGUCUGUAAACUGGGAUAAAACAGCAUUCCCUCCCUAUUCUGCUAAGGAAUGCCACGACCAGUGGCAAAAGAUGACGGAAAAGUUGCGCACAUUUCGGAGCCUGUCGGAUCUCAUUGCCGAAGCUGAAGAGACCGUUUCCAAGACUUUCCUUCACGAAAACAAGGAUAAAAAGAAGCACGCCCGUGGACAUGUGGAGCACAAGAGAAAGCCAGACAACCUUUGUAAAGACAACAAUCUACCUUGUCCUCGAAAAUCUAAAAAGGCAAAACUCUCUGCAGCUACAGAUGCAGACCUGCCUACGAAGCCACCUCGAAAUGGUCUGUUUCUGUUCAUGAAGGAGAACGCUGCAGAACACAGACCUUCAGUAGGUUCGGAUUUGCUCAAUAAAAUGAGGAAACACUGGAGAGAACUGAAUAMAGUACAGAAGCAAGAGUAUUGCACACGCUGUCUAAAGAUGAAGAAUGAGUAUAAUGCCAAGCUAAAGAAAUAUUUGGAUCGCUUUGAUGAGACAGAGAAGCAACAAACCAUUAAAGAACAAGAUAUCGGAUUCGUGAAGGGAAAGCCUUUGAGGAUGUCACCCCGUGAGCCCAAGAUGCCCAGCCGAUUUSUAUUGGCAUACUUUGCCAAAGAUCAGGGGAAGUCUUCAGCCAAAUCUACGAAAUGUUGGGACAAGCUUCCUGCAAAGGAGAAGGAGCGUUACAAAGGACAGAUGCGUUCAAACAUGAAGCAAUACUCAGAAGACCUGCAAAAGUGGUUCAAGAAUCUGACCACAGAAGAGCAAACGAAAUAUUUGAAACAACAUCCCAGCAAAUUACAGUUCCUCAAUGCCAAACAAAAACAGGUGUGCAACAGAGAAGAGCUACAUCCGAGUCAACCUUCAGACUCGGAGGACGAAGACAUCACUGACACCAGCAGUGAAGAUGAUAUUUGGAGCAGUUAUGAGGAUGAGAGUGGAGAGGACUGGGACAUGUUUGAGAUGCAUCGCUGACGGACAGAAUCAGAACCUUCAUACACUGCUAUAGGCAAACUUAGAUGAACACUUUAUCAACCGAGCUGAAGAAAUGCUGCCUGUAAAGUUGCAUCUUUUGUGUGGCAGAGAUACUUCUCAGUAAUGUUUACUUGUCCAGUUAUUAUAGCUACAUCAAGAAUAUUUUCGUAGCUUUAGAGUGAGUUCCUGGGAGUAAGAAGAAAAAUUACAGUGGAAUAGAAACRGUCAUUUCCUCGUUCACGCAACGAUAAUUUUACAUUUUUCAAGAGCUUAAUUUACUUAAUUCACCUCUUGGUUAAAAUGAUGUAAACUGUUUUAAAUUCAUAUUCAUAGAGGAGAAUUGGGGGUGUAAUUGAGGUUAAUUUUGUCACUUUGUAUAUUUCAUGUCAUGGGUGAUAUAGUAAUUAAAGAAAAACAAAAAAUUAAUUUGGGAUUUGUAGGUUUUUUAAAUAAAAAAUAUAGAACAGAUAUAAGUAAUUUUAGUGACAAAUUAUAUAUUUUAAAGACCAAUUAAGUGUUUUUGUUUAAGAGGUGUGGAAGUUUUCUUUAAAAAACCAAAACAGAACUGUUUAGAGAAAAAAAAUUGAGGUAAUUUAUCUGGCAGAUUAUACAAUAAUACAACUCGUGUUUGUGUUUUACAAUUUAGAUGUGACUUUCAAAUUUUUCUGCCUGUAAUUACAAUAAAUGUGACUUCAGAUAUUUUGUAUUUAAUUUUAAUUGAGUGAAUGGAUUGUAAAUGUAGUUCACUUAAGUUCAGGAGGUUCGUCGAGUUUUUAUUUCUUUAAAUCAAUUUAUUGCUAUGUUUCAUAAAUAAACUGCAGUACAUGGGUCAGUAAAGAGUUGAGUACAACUGAAAAAUAUACACCGAGAUUCAUAGUUUGAAGCAAACAGACUAUGCUUUUAUUGGUAUAAAAAAAGAUCUAGUGGCAGUCCAUUUUUAACAUAAUUUGCCUCCAUAUGUUGUAACACACCUAAAAAAUAUUUUUCUACAUGUUGUAAAUAAACAAAUACCUUAUAAUGUA